UGUGGCGUACUCUGUGGUCAUGGGAGCUCUGAUGGCCAGCGGGAAAGAGGUGCUGGGCCGAAUCCCAUCUGGAAAGCUGUUUGAUUUCGAGGCCAUGACUACAGCCAGCCCUGAUCGCUUCAGCAAGACCGUCAAGAGUUGGAUGAACUUAAAGAGUUUGCCGAGUUGGUACCAGAACCUCCCAUCGGUUUCAGAGACGUUCCAGUUAACGAGGACCAUGAUUGAAGUUCUUAACACAGACUCGUCUUCGCACUGUCCCAAGAAAUCCUGAACUUGAAAUACCAUCAAUAUAUUCAAAACACAAAGGGCCGUCUCUACUCAGGGCAUCUUUGCUCACAGUCCUCACUUUUACAUGGUUUUUACAUAUCGAAUAUCAGAACAAAUUCUCUUUGAUUUUAGCUUUUAUAUUUCCACAAAUAUGGAGAAGAGAGUUGACUCUUUAUUUAAAUUUUAAAUUAAAUAUAAAUUUGGGUUGCCCUUUAUUAUGUCACUAAAGUUCAGCAAUUGCAAGCAUAAUCUGAGUUAGGAAAAAAACAGGGGAAAAUGUAGCGGAAUCUAAUUGAAAAUCUUUAUUAAGUUAUUAUUCAUCAGUUGCUUUUCAUGGACCUUUUUGGUUUUAGAAUCAAAUCGGUGACUUGUUGCGGAGAUGUCCUUUGAAGAGUUUAUUAAGCAGUGUUCUUCAGCUCUGAGUUCCUUUCUGAAUACUUGAACACAGUGGGGAAAUAUGUUUGCAAAUGUUUUUGUUUGUUUGAAAGAGAAGUUGUUAAUAUUGCCAUGUUCACUGUCCACACUGGCUUCUUUAUCAUUUUUGUUGUCUCUAUUUAAUGGCUCAACUGAAUAUUGUGCGCUCAGAUUCUGGAGGUGUUCAUGAGACCUUAAACAUUGGGAACAGUUGCGCCUCAAUCUAUAGUUGACUUAAAGCAAAAAAAGUCUUAUAUUUCGUUAAUCUUAUGCAUCUUUGAUUUUAUUUGAUCUUAAGGGUCCAUUUUAAGUAGAUUUUCAGUUUUCUUCUUCAUGUCAUGGUUGGUGCUUUUUGGCAAAGACUUAUUUCCUUUAUUUUCCUGUGAAAAAUAAUUAAGAAAAACUGUGGCUAUUUUCCAUGAGGGAAAAUAAAGGCGAGUUCUUUAACGCACAAAAAAACUUGAAAGUGGAAAAUCUGUGGAACAGCCACAGUCAAUAAAAGCAGUUGAAUGAAACCACUGUUGUUGUAUUUGA